AGUAGCACUAAAGUAGCAGAGAGCGUAAGCUGUAUACUCCAGUGUAAGUUUAACGGUAAAGAAAUGUACAAAUUCCUGAUUGUUGUCAUUAUGAUCUUGGUUAAAAAUACUUAUACAGAGAGCAUUGUUGGACCGCCUUGCAUCGUUAAAUCAUGUAACUCUACAGGUAGGUGUCUAGUGCCACACAUUUGCAGGAUGUUUGAAGAAGUACCAGGGCCUUGGAAAAAACUAUCGAAAUACACUUAUUGUAACGAAAAAGUUAGGGAAAUAUCCCUUAUUUGUUGCCCAGAAAUUUAUCAACCAGGUUACAUAACUGAAAACAAAUGUAGAGAAUAUACUUCGCUCGCAGAAGAGAAACACUUAUGUCGUCGCAAUGUUGGGCCGACUGGCACAACAGACUUCCCGCAUAUAGCGCUAUUAGGAUAUCCCGGCCGAGAAUAUGGGCAUGAAACUGAGUGGUUUUGUAUGGGAGCACUUAUCAGUGAACAAUAUGUUUUAACAGAAGCACAUUGUGUAUCGCGCCGCUGUGAAUAUAAUGUGAAUGAACCAACGGUAGUGUUGUUAGGGGUCACGAAUGUUGAUGAUACGAACCACAGACAAGAAAUAAAAGUUUCAAAGACAAUAUUACAUCAAGAUUCCUCUUACCAAAAGGAGAUAGCACUAGUAAAAUUAGAAAGACCAAUAGAAAUGAGUUCGUAUGUGCGUCCGGCAUGCCUAAAGGCAUAUGUUGACCCUCCUGUUACAGAAGUUUUUGUUACCGAAUGGCAUCUUCGGCAUGGAGGCAUCAAUAAAGAUUUGAUCAAAGUAUCAGUAGAUAUUUCAGAAAAGCCCUGCAAUAAUGGUCCAACAAGUGAUAUAUAUGCACAUGAUUUCCAUAUUUGCACAAAUUCAUAUCGAUAUCUAAAGAAUGCGAGUCUUGAUCUUGUUGGUGGUCCAAUGUAUAUAUAUCACAAUAAUGACGUUACCUCGUGUAUGUACGACAUAGUUGGUGUGACUUCGGAAAGAGGACAGGAUGAUCAACCAGACCUAAACAGACGAGUUAGUUACUGGUUCAUUAAGUGGAUUGAAGAUGAAGUUUGGCCUGAGGAAAGUCAACUAAACAACUUAUUGACAUGAGGGCUUGUAACAGAAUCCUCACUCUAUUUGCAAAUAACUAACAAAUAAAACUGUUCCCAUUUAUUCCUACUUUUAUCGUCUCCUUUCUCAAAGUAGAUUAUUUACAUAU